CCCUGCUGAGUUGACCACAAGCCAAAGAAGGCCGCUGAAGUCGACCUCGGAGCAGAGUCGCUUAGCUCGGCUUAAGGCCGUUAGCUUCGACUGCACGAGAGGUACAUCCUACUUGGCACAUACAUCUCCAUAGACAUUUGGCUAUAUUAUAGGACGAUCGACGAUUGGACUACUUCCUUCGCCCAAGCCAAAAAACAGCUCGAACUCGGAAGUUGGGGGAUAGUGUUGGGGAAAAAAUGGACCACCCCACAAAUACAAUUAGAGCACCCUAAUCCGACGACAGGCGUGACCCCGGCAAGCAUGAUCUCGGCAUGCACGACCUCAGCAGGCAUGACCUCAGAAAGCCGAGCUCAGAAAAGCGACCUCAUAAGGCCGAGCGCGGAACGCCCACAUAAAGAAGGGAGCACCAAAUCCUUCAUAUUCGGGAUCAAAUCCCGCAGUCUCUGCCACCACAGCUGUCAAAAUUUGAAUUCCUACUAUUUCAACCGAUUGCCAGCUAAUUUGAACGCCCGUGCCAUCUAAUGUAACCUAUUUAAUCCGAGAUAUGCGCAAUCACAAUCAAGGAUGAGUAACUGCCACACCCCCUCCUAUAAAGAGGGGGGAACGCUGGCGAGGCAGGGGGCUUCCUCCUCUUUCCUCCAAAAAGAGGGACUUUCUCCAUUACCUCCCCGGCCAUUACUUUUCUCUCUUACCUCUCUCCAUUACUUCUCUCUAUUAAAAACCUCCCUCUGACUUAAGCAUCGGAGGGCCGGCGCCGGAACCCCGGCCACAGGCUUCUUGCAGGUCCGCCGGAGACAGUCGUCCGCCGCCGCACCACCAGCCGGAGCUUCUCCUCGGUUUGCGGUCACCUCCGGGUCCAAUUUCCAGCAACAAGCCUCAACUUCUUUUGAUGUUUGAUAUGUAGUAGGCCUGGCCAAACAGCUUUAUCAUUUGCAUUGAUUAUUGAUUUGAACUCUGAGGAUGAACCAGAUGCUGAUGGUGAAAGAAAAGGAUACUGCAGGGAUCCAGAAAAGGAAAAUAAUCUGCUUUUCUGCUGUCCCCAAAGCUUACCCAAUUAAUUCCGAACCUUUGGCAAAUUCAAGAAGGCACUGUGCAGACUCUGUAGGAAGCUCUUUCAUGAUCCUGAAUUUGUUCGUAAAUAUCAGCUUAAACGCCCCAACCUUGUGAUGGAGCUGACCUCGAUGAUUUAUGAGGAUGUGCAUUUGCAUUUUAAAAACUAUAUAAAGAAAGGUGCAGCAUGUGGAGGAAUGAAAUUGCGUGGUUAUGUUUGCCAUGGCCAUGAUUCAACAUCAGUUGCAGUUAUGACACAGAAAUCUGGCAUUCUUUGGACGUGGCCCAGCUUGAAAGUUGGGACGGGCGAGGCACCGACAGGCGACAGGACAACCCUCUCGUGGCGCCCACCUCCCGGUGCCCUCGAAUACGGAGGCACAGGCCCUGCCGAUUCCUGCCGUCCGAUGAGCCGCGUGGCCGCUGGCCGAUUAGAGGCUAUCGGAUUGACGGGUGGACGCGCGUGGAUUAUACGGCUGGAGACAGCGUCACGUGAUCCCCACGCCCCGUACAGUGUCUUCCGCUUUCCGGAUGCUGCCUGGCUUUGAAAUCGUGAGCGGAAUCCGAUUUCCGCCGGCUGGUUUUAGAACAACCGGAUGGGCCCGGUGUUAACAUCGGCGUUCAAUUUUAUCAGAUUACGAGGUGAUUUGAUAAUUUUAAAAACAAAAAAAUAAUUAUAAAGAAAUAAAUUUUAUCAUAUUUGGUUGAUAAAAAAUUAUUUAAGAAAAUAAUAUCGAACAAAGAUGGCUAUAUUU